GUCGGCGGGAGGUGGUGGGCGCCACGCGACAGCAGAUGUGGCCGAAUCGCCCGUGUCGGUUGUGUGGAGAGGAUCAUCGCUCGUGUUUCCACCAUGCGCGCAAGCAGCGACGGGGACCGCACCGACAACGGCGAGAUGUACGGCGAGGGAGAUGGGCUUGACGACGACGACAUGGUGGGUGGUGGCGAGGACGACGCGAAUGUUCAGCCACCGCCGCCCGCAGAAGGACGAAUCAACGGUGGAGCUGGCAGGGGCAAGGGAAGCGGGAAAGCGAAGGCGUCAGGCGGGGAUGCGGGGGUGGCCUCAGGCGGGGGGCGCACGUACUGGAGCCUGGACGAGUCUCUUGUUCUCGUUCGGUGCAAGAGAGAUCAGGAUGAGGCUAUGGCGGCUGCCGGGUCUACCUUUGCGCGGAUUAAAACGAGAGAGUGGAAAUGGACGGACGUCUCCAAACGGAUGUCUGCUUACGGGGUGCACAAAGAGUGGGAUGCCUGUAUGAAGCGUUGGGAGAAUGUGAUUGGGUGGUACAGGAAGGUUUGGGAUAGGGAAAAGGAGUCCCGUAUGCAGUCUUUUUUCACAACGACUCCCAAGGAACGGGCCGCGAAGGGGUACAAGUUCCAGAUGGACUGCAGGUUGUACGACGCUGUCCACGCUAUGCAGCAUCGCAGCCAGACCGCUCAUCCUCCGAAUUUGGUGGACACAGGGGCAUCACAGCAGCAACAGGGUGGAGGGGCGGGGGCCGAUGGUGUCCCCGGGGGGGAGACAUCUGCGAGUGAUAACUGCGAGGGGGGCGCCGGGGACACGAACGGGGUUAGGCCGCCCGGAGGCCCGAAAAUUGUGAAGAGGAAGAGUGCUCGGCAAAACGCAUUCGAAGCGGUGACCGACGUCAUGCAGUCCCACUCGAAGGUGGUUGCAGAAUCAGUCGAUCGGGCCAGUAAGCGGCAGUGCGAGGUGAUUCAGCGUCAGUGUGACAUUAUGGAAAGGGAGGUGGAAGCACAGGAGUAGGCCCGCAUCCAUCACCGCAGUAACAUGGUGUACGAGCUGCGCCACCGUAGAGGGGAUACACGUGGGCGGGAACUGCAGUUCCGCCACUUGUGCAGCCGCAGCGAUGUCCGCAAUUACGAGGUGGACAGUAAUGGGGCGACAUGCCUUCGUGUCACUGCGGGCCUGGGGUACUCAAGAAGAGCGCUACGGGCGGUUGUCAUCUACGCUGCGAAGGUGGGCAACCAGAUUCCCAACCGGCGGGAUGCCGAGGUGGACGUGCUGCGGGAGAUAGUGGAGGUCUUCGUCUCCAGCCUCGCCAUGGAACACCAAGAGCGUCUGCAUCAUCCUUCAUCGUACUCCGUCAUCCUGGAACCGCCGCUUGAGGGGGGGGGGGAACUGCACGGGGAAGUGGAGGUUUUACGAGAUGACCUGUAGUGCGGAUGUCUCCACGGCGAGA